UUUUAAAUCUCUUAAUGCAUUGCAGGUGAUGCACAAUAUGUCAACAAUAGCAGAAUGUAACCGAACAUUGUCGCCCGAAGCAUGUUUCCUUGCAAUCAGCUGUGUGGUUCGGUUAGGCGCGUCCAUAAUCAGUAUCGAAAAUAAAAACCGGAAAUACCAACCAUUUACAGACCAGCGGGCUAGUAACGCUUCUGACUUGUAAUGGGACUGUUCAAGAACGCUGAGCCUACAUGUUAGAGACGAGUGUAUAAGUAUUAAACUCUAGGAUUCUAAGAGGCUAUCGCCUACGACUUUAGGCUUAAUCCUCAGGCUCUGGUUUCCCUCCAUGUAUGCAUGAAGGCAAGACAACUCUCAAUGCUUCUCUUCCCGACAAGCGCUGCAGGCAAGACAGAACUAUCAGUCAUUUUCGAUAGCUACACACCAAGCACUGUUGUUCAUCACUUGAAAACAUUACAAGUUCUUAGUAGCGAAAAUAACUGUAAAUGGACCGUGGAGGAAGAGGACGUGGAAAAGGAGGAAGGGGGAGGCGAGGUAAUCGUGUAGAGGACAAGGAUGUCAGCCUGUCCAAGUCUCUUUCCUUUGCCCUGCGCCAUGGAGCCAAUCAGAUGGGACUUCACAUGAAUCCUGAUGGCUUCCUAUUUGUGGAGGACCUACUGGCUCAUGCACAGUUCCACUCCUUCUCAUUGGAGGACGUGAAGAGAGUUGUGGCCACCAAUGACAAGCAGCGAUUCAAGCUCUGCCCACACCCUGAGGACGGGCGGCUGCAGAUCCGAGCCAAUCAGGGACAUUCUGUGCAGGUGUGUGAUCUGGACCUGAAGGCUGUGCAGCCUGGUUCUCCUGACUGUCCCAGGGAGGGGAUCCAUGGCUCCUAUCUCCGCCUCUGGCCCUCCAUCCGCUCCCAGGGCCUCAGCCGCAUGAACAGAACACACAUACACCUGGCCCUGGGCCUACCGGGGGAGGACGGGGUCAUCAGCGGCAUGAGGAGAGACUGUGACCUGGCCAUAUUCAUUGACGUCCCCAAAGCAUUGUCUGAGGGUAUCCAGUUCUUCUGGUCGGAGAACAGUGUAUUGCUGACACCUGGGGAUACUGAGGGGAAACUACAUCCCCGAUACUUCAGCCGUGCCCUAAAACUAAGACCCACACUUCUGUCUAGACUGUUUCCAUGGUAACCGAUACUGUUUGAGACCAGCACCCUGAAGACUCUGGGUGAAUAAGACUGUGAGACUGAAAACACCUUCAACAACAACUCAACAACAGCUCUAUUACCAUACAGGCCACAGUACAGGCACAGAGACUGACUGGUAUUCCUGACAACACUGUCACAUGACAAAGACACAAGAGGAUGCUAUCAGAUGGCAACCAGCAGGUACAAGUUGUGGGUUAGCCAACAGACAGUCUCCACUGUUCCACAGAGAUAGGAACACACACACUGCCUGCCUGUGGCUUCCUGUGCAGUUAGUCACAUUUCAGGAAACUCUGCCACCAUACUCUUAAGGACACAACCAUCAAGCCAAAUGCCUCAUCUGGAAAUUAAAACACCUGUCAACUGUUUUUAUAUAUGUCAAUAAACAUAUUUAAUUCUGGA